AUGGGAACAUUUGUUUUAGUACCAUUAAAUAUUUAUGGUACAUAUCGUGAUUCGGACAACAAAUUUCCUGACUCUGAUAAUCCACUUCAAUUCCUUAGUGUUUCCUAUCUAAGCAAUAUGAAUUACUUUGAAUCUGAUGAAUAUCAAACUUCUUUACAUGCAAGGACAUUAUUGGUCACCAAUGUUCCACACUCGAUGCAGUCUGAUCAAGGUUUACUAAAACUUAUGGAUUCCUUCAAUGUCAAUUGUCCUAUUUCUCAAGCACAUAUAGCUAGAAAAGUAGGGAAAUUACCUGAAUUACUUAAGAAACAUGAAGAUGCUGUUCGGAAAUUGGAGUCAGUUUUAGUAAAUUAUCUAAAUCCGGAUAAUAUUCCAGAAGAGCGACCGCGCCAUCGCAUUGAAGGUAGAUGCGGUCCUUCUAUUGAUAGUAUUGAAUAUUAUACUCAAGAGAUUCAGUCCCUUGAAAGUCAAAUCUUGGAGUGUCGUAAUGCUAUAUCGGAUAAAAAACCAUUGAACUAUGGUUUUGUUUCUUUUAACAACAUUCCUGAUGCUCAUAAGGUUGCCAAAGAACUAAGAGAAAGAUCAAUUAUUCAACGAACUCAACAAGUUGUUACUCCAAAGGUAGUGCUUGCUCCAUUACCAAAAGAUAUUAUAUGGGGUAAUUUAUCAAUGUCUGAUGCUAUUAGAGGUCCAAAGACACUUAUUGGUCAUGCUCUUUUCAUUGCGUUAUGUUUUUUCUGGCUUGUUCCUAUAACUUUUAUAACUACUUUUGCUCAAGUUAAAAACAUUGAAUAUCUUCUUCCUUUUACAAAGGGUUUGAGUAAAAAUAAAUUUAUUUCUGGUAUCUUGGAAGCUUUGAUGAGCCCACUUAUAAUGGCUAUAUUUUUCCUUAUAUUACCAUCUAUUCUUCGUCAACUUGCUAAACAACAAGGGAAAAUAUCAAAAUCUUCACUUGAUCGAUCUACACUUGGAAAAUUAAUAAAGAUUGAUGAAGGGGAUGCACACUUGAGAGAUAUUUAUAAUGUCAUCAAAAAAUCUAAUCUUCUCGAUGAAAUUGCGGAUUCAAUGAUUAAAGUUUCCACUUUUUGGAUCAAUUACAUUUCUUUGCGUGGUGUUGGAGCUGUAUUUGACUUGGCACAAGUUGCUUCCUUGAUGAUAAAGUUUAUAAAAAGAAGAUUUGUUAAGCCUACUCCUCGAAAUCUUAAAGAAUUCUCGCGUCCUCCAGAUUUUGAUUAUCCUGUGAUUUGUCAUCGCAAAUUUGACCAAAAAAUUCAUUACUAUACUCCCAGAGAAGCAUACUUGGAAAGUUGUAAAACGAAUGAAAAUAAAGACCUCGAUCAUUUGAGUGAAAAAGUUUCCACAAGAUUUGGUCAUCCAUCAUUAACAGCAGAAAUAAUUACGCCAAUGGUUCAUUCAAAUGCUAAAGACGCAUUAAGUAAGGUCUAUAGUGGACGCGUGAAUGAAACCAAAGUGAAUCGACGAGGAACUAUAAAAUCAAUGUCGAUGUUUAUAAACGGAAACAAUGCAUUAAAGAUUCAAACAGUGGAAGAAAGUGAAUUAGAAGUUGAUGAAGAUGCAUAUCUUGACGAGCAGAAUCCAGGAUAUUACGUAAAUUAUGAUGAACCACAAUUCGAUUCAUUACCUCAGAAUCAACAACCAUCAACUUCAACAGGCUAUGAUGCAUACCAUUCAUCUUCAACAG